UCUGCGCUCUAAUCCACUGAUCAGAAGUGCUCUGUCUUUUUGUAUUCCUCGCCCUUUUCCUCUUCGCUGCACCAUGAGCACUGAAUGCAGCAGUUACUACAACACUGACGGUGUGUUUGUGGAGGCUUUCUCUUGCCCCAAACCAGGCAGCGCUGCUUUCGCUAUCUAUUGUUGUGGCUUUAAUGAUGUGAAGUAUUGCUGCGAUGAUCCCAACAGCUUUUUUCCCUAUGAAUAUGGAUAUAUGUGGUGGCUGAGUGUUGGUGCUCUGGUAGGUCUAUCAAUUGCAGCGGUGGUGCUCCUCGCCUUCCUCAUCACUGUCUGCGUCCUCUGCUACCUUUUCAUAGCCACCAAACCUAGUCGCCUUGACAACGGCCUGCCACUCAGAGCACCAGGUCAGGAUGGCCAGAGACCUCUGCGGGGGACCCAGUCAUGGAAGAGUGACCGGUCACUCUGGUCCGCAGGGGCUCAGAAAACACAUGAUGAACAGGAAAGUGGACUCUGACAAUGAACCAGACCCAGAACGGCUUUUCCAGCGGUGUUUUACUGCUACGGUCACAAGUGUUAAAGUGGAAAGUCCAACCUAGGCUGAAGAGAAAUUUGUCUUUAAGAAAAGCAACAAGCAGCAUCCAGCUCAAGGAGGCAGGUGUACCUGGAUGCAGUCAGAGCUGCCAGCUAACUUCUAUUAGUGGGAGGACAGCUACAUUAAUUGACAUCAUGUGUCUCACAUUGUAGUCAUGGUAGCUGAUUGAAGUAAAUUACUAAGCGUUUCCAAUUAUUGGAGUAAAAAAGCACUCAGUGCUGUAGACCACUCUUGAAAGCACUUAUCAUGGUGACUGAAACUUUGUUCCUUUUUAAGUGGAAAUAGCUGAUUUUUUGUCCUCUUGGAAGCGAAUGCAAACAGUAUGUGUGGCUCUGUGAAAGCCUGAAAAUAUGAUGAUGGAGAAGGGAUUGCUGAGAAACAUCAAAAUGUUAACAGGGUCUGCGUAGUGAGUUUUUAAUGUUAUAUCAGACCCUUGUGACAUUUAGUGGUGCGGUUUUUAAGCGGUGUCAUUACAGGAAUGCAAGGGUUGGGGUGGGGUUUGCCAUGAAAAACUUUUUCUACCAAGAACACCAGUUGUUUCUUCGCAUGCUUACAGUAACAUAGUCUUACAUUUAACUGGCAGACAUCCUCUUCUACCCAUUGAUAUGAUAACUGAGACUGUCAGGCUUGUCAAACGUACGCAUUAUUUUCCGUUUCAACAGUCAACAAUUACUUCUUUCAUCACUUUCACAAUGUUUUUCUCAACCAAAUACAAAACUCUCCUUGAACAUGUCUAAUGACAUUGAUCGUGUGAUAUUAACAGUUUGUGACAGAGUGUAUUUCAGUUAAAGUCAUGAGGUGAUGAUGUAAUGAGUCAGCUGACAGCACUGUGUAUGAGCAAAUUACUUGUGAAAUUUGAAUAAAACAGACAACCUCAGAGCUCUGGCUGAACUGGUAGUAUGCUUCAACAUGAUGAUUUCUCAUCUACAUUAAGGAUAUCUGCAAUGAGACUUUACAGUUGAAACUAGAUAUUUACAAUGGAUAAAAUAAAUACUGAAUAAAUCUUUUAACCCUUUUUUCAGUUUAAAUAUUUCUAAUGUGGCCACUGAAAUAAAUCGACAGCAGAUGUCAGCAACAACCCAGGUAAUCCACACCUACAAAACAAAUCAACUGAAAUAUUCCACAAAUGAAGCUAUGGGAUAACAUGGAGUGACAAAAUUGAACACACCUAAAGAAAUAUAUUAAAUACUUUGUGAAAGAUGUGAUUUUGACCUAUUCAUCCAAAAAGAACAUCUUCAAAUCUUGAAGAUUCUAGAGGUUCUUUGUAUGCACUCUGAUCUUCAGUUCUUUUCAUAGACUUUCAAUUGGAUACAAGUCAUGAGAUUGAUCAUUGUAAUAAUUUUACUUUCUUUAUCUAAAACCAAUUAAGAGUUUCCUUGGCUGUGUGUUUGGGAACGUUGUCUUACUUGGAAAUCCACAUUUGUUUCAUCCUCAGAUUCUUAUUAAAAACGUCCUCAUACA